AUGGGGGUCUGUGUCCACCUACGUCCAACAUUCUGGUAUACCAAUCGUCAUGCGAUUGUGGCUAACAAGCGCAAUGGCAUUGACGUGGAUAAGUGGGAUUACGUCGCUCGAGACUGUCACGGCCUGGGCAUUCGUAACAGUUUUGAGCAUGAACGACUGAUCAAGUUUGCAAGAGUCAUUGACGAGUGGAAGGAUGUGUCAGGUUUCUCCUCUGGUGCCAGAAGGGAGAUGGUGAAACAGGGUUCUUGUCUGGUGAUGACAGAUGCAUUGUUGUUGGCAGAUAACCACAUCAAAAUACCUGGAGAAAGGUGGGAUGAUAUGACAGGGCUGUUGUCUGGUGACAGAGGCCUGAUGACAGAGGUGACAGGGCUCUUGAUUGGUGCCAGAGAUAGGAGGAUAUUACAGGGCUGUUGUAUGGUGCCAAAGAAGGACGACGAAAGUUGUGUUGAGCGCAGUCCGAUAUAUCCCGACAAUAUCCAGGUAGAGAUGACCUCGCCACACGAACUCUUGUACAAGAUUGAUGACAUUCCUCCAUGGUACAUGUGUAUUUUGCUGGGGUUUCAGCACUAUUUGACAAUGUUUGGCAGCACCUUAUCUGUGCCUCUUGUCCUUGCACCGCACCUCUGCAUGGCAAAGGAUUAUCUAGGACUCAGUCAACUCGUCAGCACAACAUUCUUCGUAUCGGGCAUCUGUACAAUUCUCCAAAGUACACUGGGAAACAGGCUACCAAUAAUCCAGGGGGCAACCUUUGCCUUCCUGACCCCCUCGAUCGCCAUUCUUAGUCAGCCUCAGUGGGAAUGUCCCUUCACUGCAGUCAAUGCAGAUAAUGAAAACACAACUUUGCCUGAGAACGGAGGGGCGGAGCACCGCCAGAUGUGGCAAGAAAGAUUGCGCGAGCUGCAGGGAGCGAUCAUGGUGGCCUCUCUGUUUCAAGUUGCUAUCGGUUUUAGCGGAAUUAUGGGUCUAAUUUUAAAAUUCAUCGGCCCUCUAGCGGUGACCCCAACGGUGACGAUGAUUGGCUUGUCUUUGUUUAGCGCAGCGGCAGAGAAGGCUUCUAAGCAAUGGUGGAUCGCUAUAAUGACAAUAGUGUUUAUUGGCGCCUUUUCUCAGUACCUCAGGGAAGUGUCUGUUCCGUGCCCAGCAUGGCGAAAGGGGGCUGGUUGUAAAACAACAACUGUACCGAUAUUCAAACUAUUUCCCAUCAUCAUGGCUAUUGCUCUGUCAUGGUUGAUUUGCUUUCUGCUUACUGUCACCAACGUCCUUCCGACAAGUCCCGGGGAGUGGGGCUACGAGGCUAGAACCGACAACAAAACCUACGUCAUCAGGGAAGCAGCAUGGUUUAGAUUUCCUUACCCUGGUCAGUGGGGACUUCCCACAGUGAGUGGUUCGGGAGUUUUCGGAAUGGUCGCCGGAGUUUUGGCCUCAAUGAUGGAAUCGGUUGGAGACUAUUACGCAUGCGCCAGACUGAGUGGCGCCCCACCACCGCCAGCACACGCUGUUAACAGAGGUAUCGGUAUGGAGGGCGUUGGCUGUAUACUGGCAGGAGCUUGGGGGACGGGCAAUGGCACGACGUCGUACAGCGAGAACGUUGGAGCCAUAGGCAUAACAAAGGUUGGCAGUCGUCGUGUUGUCCAGUGGGGAGCCGGGAUCAUGAUACUACUGGGAUGUUUGGGCAAGUUUGGCGCCUUGUUCGUCACAAUCCCAGAUCCCGUCGUUGGAGGAAUGUUUAUCGUGAUGUUCGGCAUGAUAACAGCCGUGGGUUUAUCUAACCUACAGUUUGUUGACCUCAACUCCUCGCGGAACCUCUUCAUUCUUGGUUUUUCGAUCUUCUCGGCUCUUUGUUUGCCCAGAUGGCUAGACAGCCACGGUGACUCCAUCAGCACAGGUAGCGCUGUUGCGGAUCAGAUCAUCCGGGUUCUACUCAGCACGAGCAUGUUUGUUGGUGGACUCGUUGGUUUUGUACUGGAUAAUACAAUUCCAGGUACACUUGAGGAACGAGGGUUGACAAAAUGGCGGGCGGUUCUCAGUGGUGAAUCUGACGCCAUACACAGCGGAAUAAAAUACAGCUGUUACGAUUUGCCCUGUAUACAGCGUUAUAUAAACAACUGGCGGUGCACGCGUUAUCUCCCUUUCUGUCCGGGAGUCGGUACACCCAAGUCCACCGUAGACAGACAACACAGGGAGCAAUUAAAUGAUAAAGAUGCAGAUUGGUCUGUUUCAAAAGUGGUUUAG